AUGUCUUGCAUUGCGAGCGAAUUUUAUGCAAGUGUUGGUUAUGGGAAAACUGAAAAGAAACAAGUUAUGAAUGCGCUAAUCUUUCUCUUGGCUCUAGUGCUUGUGGCUUGCAGCGCUGAUGAGGCAUGCAAAAGCAACGCUGGUUGUAAAGAUGGAUGUGUCUGCAAGAAUGGAAUAUGUGGAUCUUGCAAGAGGUGCCCUAUGAAUCAUCCAGGUUACGGUAUGAUGUUGAUAAGAGACGAAGUCGGAUGUAAAGAUGUGGAAUACAGAAAUGAAGACAACUGUCCGCUUAUGAAAUGUGUGUGACAAAAAGCAAUAAAUG